AUGGAAGGCACUGAACGUGAAGCACGGGAAAAUCCCGAGGCGAAGAAGACCGAAACAGUCGUUGCGAGGGAUGUUGAGGAAGUGACUACACAUUCUUACAGUCCAAGCAGAUGGAGAAGCAACAUCACCAUCAUUAGCUGUUACAUUGCCAACUUCAGCGAUGGAUUCCAGAACACACUCGCCAAUCCCACAAACGUCAUCUUCAAGCAGGUGCUCGGUGACGAUUACACGUCUGAUAUGAAGACUCGUAUCAGCAAUGCUGUUAUUGUUGGAGCAAUUCUCGGUGUUGUCGUUCUCGGAUACACUUCUGAUAUGUUCUCACGACGGGCGGGUUUGCUUUUUACCUCCUCUCUAGUGGCAAUUGGCACAUUAAUGGCAGCUCUGGCGCUCCAGGUGCACCCCUCAAGCAAUAUGCUGUGGUAUUUUGUCGUUGUCCGUGGUAUCGCUGGCUUUGGUGUCGGGGGUGAAUAUCCCCCAAGUGCUGCUGCUGGUAUUGAAGAAAUGGACUGGAUCAUGCGCAAAUACAGAGGACCGAUGUUUGUAUCUUUCACUACAUUGAUGGCGACCCUUGCCGGCCCAAUCUUGAUGAUCAUUUACUUGAUCACGCUCAUUGCCACUGACAACAACCUUGUUGUCACUUUCCACGCCAUUUACUCCAUUGCCAUUUUCCUUCCAGUCGCAAUCAUAGUACUGCGACUGUUCAUGGCCGACUCUUCGUUGUUCCACUAUUCCAAUUUCACACGCCAACGGAAGCCUUUGCGUCUGUAUCUUGUCCUUGCGAAACGGUAUUGGUGGAGGCUUUUGACCACGUCGUUGGCAUUCUUUUUGUACGACUUCAUCAAUUUCCCGAACAGCAUCAUGUCCAGCACAAUCAUCUCCUCCUUGGUGAAAGACCACAAUGUUCGCACAACGGCUAUCUGGCAGGUUAUUCUGGCCGUUCUGCCAGUCCCAGGCGUCGUGAUUGGUGCCUGGCUCACAAAUGCAAUUGGACGUCGCUGGACUGGAAUUCUGGGAUUCGCUGGAUACGUUGUGCUUGGCUUCGUCAUUGGAGGCACCUACUCGAAACUUUCCCAAAACAUCGCAGCAUUCGUUGUCUUGUAUGGCCUGCUGCAGGCAUUCGGUCACAUGGGACCGGGCGCGACCAUUGGACUCAUAUCUAGUGAAUCUUUCCCCACUGCCAUGCGAUCCAUGGGAUACGGUGUCGCAACGGCUUUCGGUAGAACUGGUGCUGCGGUUGGCACUCAAUGCUUUACCCCCUUGCAGGACAGGGCAGGCAACAGCUCCACCUUUUACUUGGCCGGUGGUGUAGCCAUCUUGGGUAUGAUGGUCUACUACUUGUUACCCGAAAGCAGAGACUUGGAUCUGGAGCAAGAAGACAAGGACCUACAGGAGUACCUGCUUCAACACGGUUUCACAACGGGCAUCAAAGAGUAA